UGACCGGAUCAGCGCAUGCGCCCAGGUAAAAGGGAGAGGCGGCGGGUGGUGGAGCUGGGGCCCUGGAGUUAGACUCAAGGGCGAGACACUCCGGGUCAGACUGGUGGGAGAGAAGACGUAAGGUGAAGGGGGUUGGCAACCAAAACGCGGGAUCCCACUUGCAGUACUCUCCGCCCGCGGCCGGUGUCGUCCACCCGUGGCUGCUGGCCGGGCAAUAGCACCACCUAGCGGACGGCGCCCGAGCGGCCCGCGGGUGGCGGCGCGGGGACCCCAGCCUCUAGGAGGCGCUCGUGCCGGGCGGAGGUGGCGCUUCAGCACCGUCGCGUGCCGGACAGCGCCUCCCGCCCUUGCCCCUUGAAACCUGGCUUCCCAGCUCAGCCGGAGGGACCCGACGGAAGAUCCCGAAGGAAUGGCAAACCUCCCCGGACCACUCCUGACAGUCCCCGGGUGUCCUUUGGCCUGCAAAGUCGGAAUUUGCGCACCCUCUGCUCGCCCUUCUGCCCUUCUUGCCCAGCCCGGACGGUGGGGACUAAGCAGCGCGGGGCUGCACAGGGGCGGUAACACGUGUGACCAUUCGUACUGCCCUCCCAGCCUCCGGCUCCUGAGGCUUUACUGGAGAGAAGCCCCGAGGAGGGCUGGGAAGAGGAGAAGGGAAUCCUGCACCUCCAGCAACCUGCGGGCUGAGCUCCGAGCCUCGGCGUCGGGGCGCGUGCCUCAGUGCGGGCACUAGGACCCGGGACAGUCAGGAGGGCGCCGAGCGGGCGGGGAAAGGGGCGGGCUGCCGCGGCGGCACGGAUCGGCGGGCGCUAGGGCAGCGCGGAGCUCCAGUGGUGGGCGGGGCGUGGCAGCGCGCGCAGCGGCAGGCGGCGGCGGGAUGGAGCCUGAGCGCGAGCCCGAACCCCAGCCGGCGGCAGUGGAGGUUCCUGCGGGACGCGUGCUCAGCGCCCGGGAGCUCUUUGCCGCCCGCUCGCGGUCGCAGAAGCUGCCCCAGCGCUCGCAUGGCCCCAAGGACUUUCUGCCCGACGGCUCCGCGGCCCAAGCCGAGCGGCUGCGCAGGUGCCGGGAGGAUCUCUGGCAGCUGCUGGCGGAGCAGCGCGUAGAGCGCCUGGGCAGCUUGGUGGCUGCCGAGUGGAGGCCGGAAGAGGGCUUCGUGGAGUUGAAGUCUCCUGCGGGCAAAUUCUGGCAGACCAUGGGCUUCUCAGAGCAGGGCCGGCAGCGGCUUCACCCGGAAGAGGCCUUAUAUCUCCUGGAGUGUGGCUCCAUCCAACUCUUCCACCAAGACCUGCCACUGUCUAUCCAGGAAGCUUACCAGCUGCUGCUAACCGAUGACACUGUGACCUUCCUGCAGUACCAGGUCUUCAGCCACCUGAAGAGGUUGGGUUAUGUGGUUCGGCGAUUUCAACCAAGCUCUGUCCUGUUCCCGUAUGAGAGGCAGCUUAACUUGGACGGCAGCAUGCAGCACCUGGAGGAUGGAGAUGGCAAAAGAAAGAGAAGCAGCUCCAGCCCUCGGUCCAUUAAUAAGAAGGCCAAGGCCCUGGAGAACUCCCUGCAACCUGAGAAUCUGGCAGCCUCCAGCCCACCUCCCUCCAGCCAGCCCAGCCAAUGCCCAGAGGAGAAACCCCAGGAGUCAAGCCCCAUGAAGGGCCCAGGUGGCCCCUUUCAGCUUCUGGGGUCCCUGGGGCCCAGCCCUGGCCUGGCCAGGAAGGGGGUGGGGUGCAGCUGGGAGAAUGGCAGAGCUGAGAAAGGAGUCACGGGGGCUGGCAAGCCACGCUGGAACUUCGAGCAGAUCUCCUUCCCCAACAUGGCUUCAGACAACUGCCACACCCUCCUGUGCGCCCCAGCCCCAGAGCUGCUCCCAGCCAAUGUGGCUGGGCGGGAGACAGAUGCAGAGUCAUGGUGCCAGAAGCUGAACCAGCGCAAGGAGAAGCUCUCCAGAUGGGAACGGGAGCACCACAUGGAGGCCACGCACUUCCGGGAGGAUGUCAAUGCCGAUCCCGAGGUGCAGCGCUGCUCUAGCUGGCGAGAGUACAAGGAGCUGUUGCAGCGAAGGCAGCUGCAGAGGGACCAGAGCCAGGCCCCUCACCUGUGGGGCCAGGCCGUCACACCCCUGCUGAGUCCAGGCCAGGCCAGCUCCCCAGCCAUGGUCCUUCAGCAUAUCUCUGUGCUGCAGACCACACACCUUGCUGAUGGAGGUGCCUGGCUGCCGGAGAAUUCUGGGGGCUUGGAAAUCAGCUUUGAUGUUUACCAGGCGGACGCUGUGGCCACAUUCCGAAAGAAUAACCCUGGCAAACCCUAUGCCCGGAUGUGCAUUAGUGGAUUUGAUGAGCCUGUCCCAGACCUCUGCAGCCUCAAGCGGUUGUCUUACCAGAGUGGGGAUGUCCCUCUGAUCUUUGCCCUGGUGGAUCAUGGUGACAUCUCCUUCUACAGCUUCAGGGACUUCACAUUGCCCCAGGAUGUGGAGCACUGACCUCACAGUUCUGCAGGGGAUGGAGCUUGCUCCAGGGGACCGGGACUGUUUGUUCUCAGGGACCAUCUUGGCUGCCUCCUUUACCCAGACUCUAACCUGUAGCUUCAGGGGCCAGUCUGGGCCUUGGCCCUGGGUGUCUGAUAUGAAGAGUGAAACUGUGACCCUUUCCCCUUCCCUGCUGCCUUGCAGUGACCCCCCCUGGAACUCAGGAUUAGAUUUUAAGGACCCAGGAGGUGGGGCAGAAGAGAGGACUCUGUGCCUUUAACGAGAGGGUGCCUGCUUCCGUGCCAUAAAGCCAAAGCCAUUAAAAAAUAAAUCUCUUUUC